UGGCCAAGUUGGACACAACACUUCAUAGGUCAAAUUUUCUCUCCCUUCUUUUCUUCCCUAAUUCAACAGCUCGAUAGAUGUUGAUAUGGCGGCUGGAGAAGGCAAACUGAGUACGGAGGCCAACGUUAACUCCGACACUACAAUGAGCAGCAAGGACUACCUGGACCCUCCUCCGACGCCGCUGCUGGACGCCGGCGAGCUGGGCAAGUGGUCCUUGUACAGGGCCACCAUUGCCGAGUUCACCGCCACACUCCUCUUCGUCUACGUCGCCGUGGCCACCGUCAUCGGCCACAAGCGCCAGACCGACGCCGAGGCGUGCAGCGGCGCCGGCGUGCUGGGCAUCGCGUGGGCCUUCGGCGGCAUGAUCGCCGUCCUCGUCUACUGCACCGCCGGCAUCUCCGGAGGCCACAUCAACCCCGCGGUCACCUUCGGGCUGCUGCUGGCGAGGAAGGUGUCGCUUCCCAGAGCCUUCCUCUACAUGGCGGCGCAGUGCCUCGGCGCCAUCUGCGGCGCCGCCAUGGUCAGGGCCGUGCACGGCGCGCACCACUACGCGCUCUACGGCGGCGGCGCCAACGAGGUCGCGCCGGGGUACUCCAAGGCGGGGGCGCUGCUGGCCGAGGCCGCCGGCACAUUCGUUCUCGUGUACACCGUGUUCUCGGCGACCGACCCGAAGCGCAUGGCGAGGGACUCCCACGUGCCGGUGCUGGCGCCGCUGCUCAUCGGGUUCGCCGUGCUGAUGGCGCACCUGGCCACCAUCCCCGUCACCGGCACCGGGAUCAACCCGGCGAGGAGCCUUGGGGCCGCCGUGGUGUACAAUGGGAACAAGGCGUGGGCCGAUCAGUGGAUCUUCUGGGUCGGGCCUUUGGCGGGCGCCACCGUCGCCAUGGCCUACCACCAGUACGUCCUCAGGAACGGCGCCGCCAAGCACCCCUUCGGCUCCAACCACCACGACGUCGAAGCCUAGGCCAGCACCAUCGUUCGUCCACAUACGUAACGUACUUGGUUGGUUUCAGAUCCACAUAUAUUACGUACUAUGGAUCUCCAGUCUGUGGCUGUUAGUUUAUGAUUUACUAUGUGUGAAGUUGUUGCAUGCAUAUGUACUGCAUACAACGUCAUCGUUGAGUUUUCACCACCUUAUCUUCUUCUGCCAAGUUAGCUAGUUAAUUACUGCAAAAUGAGUGACGCUGCAUGCACUCUGUACGUUUGCCGUGCACGCCGUAGUUCUCGCCGGCAACACUAUGUAUAUGAAUGGGUCAAUGCAUGCGCAUGUAUGCGUGCAUGGGAUCCACCGAUGGGAUUGGAUGUA